GGCGAAUCGAGAAUGAUCCGUGGCGUCGGCAUGCCGUUAUCGGCACGUGCUCAGUGGUGUUUUGUAAUCUGUUUGCUUGCCAGUUGCUGCUACCACCUGCAACUGGCGGACGGUGGCAACGUCUCCACGGCCAUCAGUCGUCCAACGAAAGCCCCCAAACCAAGUUUGCCCGACACCGAGGACGAUCUGAACUGUACGGAUGUCGACAUACGGAACGACCUGCGACGGCUGUGGCUGAUCGAAAACUGUACCGUCAUCAAUGGCUACUUCCAUAUGGUGCUGAUCGAGAAGGUCCCCAGCGCGGAGUUUGACAAAUAUGUGUUUAAAAAUCUAAGGGAGGUCACGGGACACAUGCUAUUCUUUCGCGUCAUCAACCUCGUCUCGCUGCGCCAGAUGUUCCCGAACCUAAUGGUUAUCCGUGGCCAGCAGCUGCUGGGACCGUACGCCCUGGUGUUCUACUACAUGACCAACAUGGUCGAGAUUGGUCUGAAAAGUUUGGUCGCAAUCCAGCGCGGUGCCGUCUUCUCGCUCCACUGCCCGAUGCUGUGCCAUUUGGAUACGAUCGAUUGGUCCGAGAUCGGUGGCCUGGCGAACGGGACGAAGAUGGCCAACUCGUUCGAAACGCCGAAAACGGCGUGCAACAAGGCGGAGGUGUGCCGUGGCUGCCCGCGGCCCUACUGCUGGGGAAGCGAAAGCUGUCAGCGGUUCUACGAUGGUUACAACUUCAGCCGACAAAUCAAGUGUCAUCCGGAGUGUCUGGGAGGAUGCACCGGAACCGCGGCUACCGAGUGCCGGGUGUGCCGUGGCUGGAAGGAGGAUAACCGCUGCGUUCACGAAUGUUCCGCCGAACGGUUCCGCUUUCGGCUGACGAAUCGUUGCAUUACGCACGCCAGCUGCCUCCAGCGCAAUGGGUUUCUGCACGAGGACGAGUGUGUACUUGAGUGUCCCGCCGGUUACAGUGAAACGAACGUGAACGAGGAGCUGGCCGAUUUCAGCGUCCGCCGGUGCUACCAGUGUCAACCGAGCUGCCCGAAGGUGUGUGACGGAGCGGAGAUCAUGUACCUGUCGGACGCGGAGCGGCUGCGCGGCUGCACGAUCAUCAACGGCACGCUCCACAUUCGCCUCAGCGAGGACCACCCGAACCUGAUGCAGGAGCUGCAGGUCGGGCUGGGUGCGAUCGAGGAGAUCAUGGGCAUCCUGAAGGUGUUCCGGUCGAGUUACAUCGCCUCGCUCGACUUUCUCACCAACCUGCAGAUCAUUCACGGUCUCUACACGACGGACAACUCGAACUUCUCGCUGAUGGUGUACGAAAACAGCAACCUGCAGCGGCUGUGGAACGUGGACGAAAAGCGCACCCUGAAGAUCGUGUCGCGUGGCAUGUACUUCCGCAACAAUCCGAUGCUGUGCAAUGGGCCGAUCGCUGGGUUGCGCGCGGUGACCGAGUACGAUCAAACGAACGAUACGAUCGACUGGGGCUCGAACGGGUACCUGCAGGCGUGCCUGGUGAAGCCCUUCAUUGCCCGGGCGGCCGUCCUGUCCAGUCGCAAUGUAACCAUCUUCUGGUCCAAGUACCAGGCAGGCAGCUUGCCGCAGGUGGCCGCUGCCCCUAAUCCGCAGCAGCACGCACUGCUCGGUUAUCUGAUUUACUACAUACGCUCGAACGCCAACAAAACGUCCCCGUACGACGGUCGUGGCGAUGUUUGCUCCAAGUUUGGGUGGCGAUCGCGCUACGUUGCGCUCGAGAAUGCCACCUUGAUCGGGGCACACUACGCGUUCAAUCUGACCCGCCUUCGUCCGUUCACGCGGUACGCGUUCUACGUUCGGACGUACUUCAACGAGUCGAUCAACAGUGCCACCGACGAGGUGGGCCUGUCGGAUGUGCACGAGUUUACGACGAAGAAAGAUCGGCCCACGUCACCGUUGCGCGUGCGUACGGUGCGCAAAUCCGACAGUACGAUCACACUCGGCUGGCAGCUGUUGCCGUCGGAACGGGAAAUGGUAACGCGCUACCACGUGGACGUGUUCGUACAGCCCGACGAUCGGACACGGCUCGAUCAGCGGAACUACUGCACGCACCCACUGGAACCGGUUGCGGUCGAGCUGAGCGAGCCGGCAAGUGUGACGCUCUGUAGCAAAGAGUUUUGCUGCGAGCUGGAAGAACUCGAAGAGGACGACGACGAGAACGGUGAGGGUGAGGACGAGGAGGAAGAGGACGAGAUAACGGAUGAGGACGAGUUUUUCAACGAAAAUCCCCAGGUGGACGAGGGUGGUCGCAAUUGGGGUCGGCGUAAGAAACGAGCACUGCAUCCGAAGACGGGUGGAGGAAGGUAUGGGACGUCGAAGACCACCAAGAACCGGAGCAAUGGGUUCGAGAAAAUGAUGCUUAACUUUCAGCGCCGUGCUUCGAGGGAGAAUCCAGCACCGCGAGCCCAUCACCGAACGGUUCGCAACGCCAAAGUGAACCCGGACGAGGAGUUUGUCAAUCGUAUCUACAGUCAAAGCUUCACGGCCCCGAACAACGAGUUCAUGGUGACCGGACUGCAACCGUUUCGGCACUACAUUUUCCAGCUCUUCGCCUGCACCACCGAAAACGGAGCCACACUGUGCAGUUCGUACAGUUUGCACUCUGACCGGACGGCCGCCUCGCCACACUACGACCAGCUGGUGGUGAAUAUCCUGGCGGACGCUUCGGUUGGCCUCAAUGAAAGCGAUGUCGGUUCGUUCGUUAUUCGCGGUCCAGAGAUUGUGAUGCACUUUGAGGAACCGAUCGAAUCGAACGGACUGACGGUGGCGUACUACGUGGAGAUGAAAUCGGUUAACGAGUCACUUGGUGGUGCCGCCCAGCAUUGGGACUGCAUUACGCGGUUGGAGCACGAACUUCGCCAGCACCGGUACGCGUUCAGAAACGUAACCCCGGGUGAGUAUCUACUGCGGGCCCAAACAAUCUCGCUGGCCGGUGCCGGACCACCGUCGGAGUGGAUGUUUGCGCGCGUGUUAGCAGUAGAAGUUCCGGAACGCGACCGUGGCACCACCACUGGCCUAAGGGACGGGUUAAUUGCGUUCGGUGUGCUGCUGGUGGCCGGGAUCGGUGCGGCCGGUGCGUUCUUCUGGUGGCAACGGAAACGGUCAAGGGGUGCGCACGACGAUAAGAUUCCGCUCGCGGUGAACGAUGGCAACCAGGUGAACCUGGACGAUGGGUUCGUGAACUGUUCCUUGAAAUAA